CAGCAUGAAUUAACAGAACAACAUUCUGUUUAUCAAAAAUGCAAUCUUUUUUGUUGAAUUAAGCAGUAAGUAGAGUAAACAAAAACCUGUCUUUGAAUCCAAGUCUGGACUUUGUUUUUGUUUACUUUAUCAAGAAUCUUUAAGUGAGAGAGCUUUUGCUUUCAUGGCAACUCAUUCUAAUAAUACCCAUUAAAAUUAAACACAUUUACAUUCCACUAUUUAAUCUUUACAACUUUCAUUUCUACUACUUUCUUGAAUUUCUUGGGUUUUAUUUGCACUUCAAGAACAGGGUUCUGAUAAUUAAAGAGUGGUGUGGUGGACAUUUCUUGCUGAGAAAAUGAGAUUAAACACUCCAUUGCAGUUUCUUUUUGUGGUUUCUUUUGCUCUUUUCAUUACUUGUGAGCCAUUUCCUGAAGAUGAAGUUGCUGCACUAACAACUUUCAGGGAAGCUAUAUAUGAAGACCCGCUUCUGGUUUUGUCCAAUUGGAACGCUCUAGAUUCAGAUCCCUGUGACUGGUCUGGCAUUGGAUGCACUUUUGCUAGAGAUCAUGUUAUGAAAAUAAAUAUAAGUGGAUCGUCGAUAAGGGGUUUUCUUCCCCCAGAUUUAGGUCGGAUCACAAGCUUGCAAGAACUAAUCUUACAUGGUAAUAAUCUGAUUGGGACAAUCCCGAAAGAGCUGGGCGUGUUGAAGAACCUAAGGGUCUUGGAUUUGGGAGUGAAUCAAUUGACUGGUCCUAUCCCGCUAGAGAUAGCAAAAUUAAACAAUGUUGUGAGAAUAAAUCUUCAGUCCAAUGGAUUAACUGGGCAUUUGCCCCCUGAACUUGGCAAUUUGAAGUAUCUUGUGGAACUUCGGCUGGAUAGGAAUAGACUUCAAGGAACUGUUCCUGCGGGCGGCAAUUCAGAUUCUACACAUCGAAUGUUGGUCUCAAACUCAACUGGCUUGUGUCGAGCAUCUCAGUUAAAGGUGGCUGAUUUAUCAUAUAACUUCUUUGUUGGUAGCAUACCUAAGUGCUUGAAGUUUCUUCCAAGCACGAGUUUUCAAGGGAAUUGUCUCCACUAUAAAGAUCCUAAACAGCGGACUGUUGCACAAUGUGGUGGCACGCCACCUGCCAAAACUCAUCAAACAGUCAACUCUAAGCACCGGCCUCCUGAAAAUGUAUCCAAGCAGCAUCAGGGGACAUCAAAACCUGGAUGGCUUUUAGCUUUGGAAAUUGCAACAGGAACCAUGGUGGGCUCUCUUUUUCUCGUUGCUCUUUUUACGGGUUUGCAAAGAUGCAAUAGCAAAUCUUCUAUCAUUAUUCCUUGGAAGAAAUCAGCAAGUCAGAAUGACCAAAUUACAGUAUACAUAGAUUCUGAGAUGUUGAAAGAUGUUGCGAGAUUCAGCAGACAAGAUCUUGAAAUUGCCUGUGAAGACUUCAGCAAUAUUAUUGGGUCUUCUCCUGAUAGUGUGGUUUACAAAGGCACCAUGAAAGGCGGACCUGAGGUUGCUGUUAUAUCUCUUUGCAUUAAAGAAGAAAAUUGGACAGGCUACCUUGAGCUCUAUUUUCAGAAAGAGGUAGCAGACUUGGCAAGACUAGACCAUGAAAACGCUGGAAAAUUGCUGGGAUAUUGUCGAGAGAGCAAUCCAUUUACAAGAAUGCUGGUUUUUGAAUAUGCAUCUAAUGGAACUUUGUAUGAGCACCUUCAUUAUGGAGAAGGUUGCCAAUUAUCUUGGACAAGGCGUAUGAAAAUUAUUCAAGGCAUUGCUCGCGGGCUCAAGUAUCUUCAUACCGAACUAAAUCCACCAUUCACCAUAUCAGAGCUUAACUCUAGCUCUGUGUAUCUUACUGAAGACUUUUAUCCCAAGCUGGUUGAUUUUGAAAGUUGGAAAAGUAUUCUUUCAAGAUCAGAAAAGAAUUCAGGCUCAAUAGGUAGCCAAGGUGCGAUCUGUAUACUUCCGGAUUCAAUGGAAGGACGUCGUCUCGACGUCCAAGGAAAUAUAUAUGCUUUCGGGGUGCUCUUAUUGGAAAUAGUCAGUGGCAGACCUCCAUACUGCAAGGACAAAGGAUUCUUGGUGGAAUGGGCCAAGGAGUUUCUUGAAAUGCCAGAAGUAAUGUCAUAUGUUGUGGAUCCAGAAUUGAAACAUUUCGAGUAUGAGGAUCUUAAAGUCAUAUGUGAAGUGGUGAACCGGUGUAUCCAUCCGGAACCGACAAAGCGGCCGUCUAUGGAGGAAGUAAGCAGAUUGCUGGAGAGUAAAAUUGAUACAUCAAUGUCAGCUGAGUUAAAGGCGUCUUCUUUAGCAUGGGCAGAGCUUGCAUUAUCAUCAUGAUUUUGAAUUGAUCAAGAGAUCAAGUGAAGAACUAACAACUUGUAAAAAGAAUGAGAUAUAGUAUAUAAUUUGUAAUACUGAAAAAAAUUAAUCAAUCAUUUUUUUGUUUUCA